AUGACAUGGUUAACGACAGAAGCUCCUCUUAUUGACUGGCAACAGGGAUUAGUCACAUUCCCUGAACAGAUACAGACUGCCUCCGAAGAAGAAGCGGACCUAGAUCCUCUAGCAGAUCUCCCCCCUCAGUACCAUGAAUUUGCUAGAGUAUUUGGCAAGGAAGAAUUUAAGGUCCUCCCCCCACACAGGGAGUAUGAUAUUUCCAUAGACCUUGUUCCAGACGCCAAAUUAUCCCCAGGUCCCAUAUAUGGCAUGACGGAUGCGGAAUCCAAGGCACUCAAACAACACAUCAAUGAAGAACUAGCCACGGGCAAGAUCCGCCCCAGUACCUCAUCUGCCGGAGCCCCUGUCAUGUUUGUCAAAAAGGCUGAUGGUUCCCUUAGGCUUGUUGUGGAUUACAGAAAGCUCAACAAAGUUACCCACAAAAAUGUCUACCCUCUCCCCAGGCAGGAUGAUCUCAUGGCCAAACUACGAAAUGCCAAACUGUUCACAAAGCUUGACCUACGCUGGGGCUAUAACAACGUCAGAAUCAAAGAAGGGGAUGAAUGGAAGACGGCAUUCAGGACCAAAUACGGGCUUUUUGAAUACUUAGUGAUGCCUUUUGGCCUCACCAACGCCCCAGCCGCCUUCCAACACUUCAUGAAUGACCUGUUCAGAGACCUCAUCGAUGUCACAGUGGUUAUCUAUUUGGACAAUAUUCUGAUCUUCUCCAAGAAACCUGAGGACCACCCUUCCCAUGUCAGGGAAGUCCUUUCACGAUUGAUGAAGAACCAUCACGUGACUUCGGCGCUUAUAUCAUACGCUAAGCGCCGAGCCACGUCCCCAUCCGCGCUUAAAUCAGCAUACGUAGCCACCUCCACCUAUGACGUCAUCAAUGACACGCACCUACUAGUCCCCCUCCCACUUCCACCAUUACAUCCCGCACUCCUACUCGCUCGUCCUCGCGGGCAUCAUCUCACGCUGGCCGCUCCUACCCCGCUCCUACUAUGGCAACCCGUUCCCGGACAUCCUCUUGAGCCCAGUCCCCUUUCGAUCCGAGAGACCUGGGACCCCGACUUCCGUCAGCCACCCCUGUCGAACUUGGGGAAGUCUCCCUUGAGCGGGUUACCCGCCUCCUCCUUGGCCUCCUCAGCCAAGUUGAGAACCUUGAGCGGAAGCUCAAAGAAGUCAAGGAAACGGGGAUCGAGACCCGAACCAACGUCGAAAAUAUCUCCCAAACCGUCAAUGUUGUCAAGGAUGGGCUUUGAAGCCUCCAACUCCAUGGGCCAAGGACCCCAGAAGAAGCCAAGCCCCCGUGGGCCCUCCUUCUGGCCCAAGCAACCAAAAGGGCUCCCCAGCUUCGCCCAGCCAGCCCCCCAGAGGGCCAUACCCCCGCGAGUCCCUUCUCCCCCUCCAUCUCCGCGUCUCCGAUCCCCCAUUGGAGUACCUGCCCCUCCAGCUCCGGCUCCAGCCGUCACCUAUCCUGCCCCGGUCAAAGUAGACCACCCAGAUGCCUAUACAGGCAAGAUCGGGAGUGAGGCCAAGCAAUGGCUCACAAGGAUGCUGGCAUGGACCCGGCUAAAUUUGCGCAUGUUUCCCACGGACCAAGAAGUCCUAUCCUUCCUUCUAAUGAAUAUGAAGGACUCCGCGGGAGCAUGGGCACAUCCACACCUCGACCAGCUCGGAUCACACCGGGCAAUCAUCCAAACGGUUGAGGGAUUUAAAUUGGAGUUUUUGGCAGCAUUCGGUGACCCUGACGCCACAAGGGCCGCCGAGCGGAAGAUCACCACACUCACCCAGUCCGGCACAUGCGCGGACUAUAUCACCAAGUUCAGGACCCUGGCAAUGGAACUGGAUUGGAACGACGCGGCCCUUAGAGGCCAGUUUGCCCGCGGCCUCCACUGGGAGGUCAGCCGCCAAAUCGCAACUCGCGAACACCGGCCCCGAACCCUCCUCGAGCUGCAGAACGCAGCGCUUGUCAUCAAUAACGCUCUCCGCGAAGAGCGCGCUAGUCACCCACCGAGGGACAGUAAAUCUAGCAAAACAUCCAACCCCGCAAGGGGGACGAGUACCGGCCAAGCCACAACCGGUUCGAAGAAGCUCUCCGACGACCCCAACUUUGUGUCGGAGGAAGAACGCAAUCGCCGCCGCGCCGCAGGCGCCUGUAUCAAAUGCGGUAAAAUGGGUCAUAAGUUUGCAGAGUGCCGCACGGGCUGGAAGGCCACCCCUAUCGAGGAAAAAGGGAAGGCCAAAGAAACCGCCAAAAUUGGCGAAGACUCCGAGUACCAAUCGGGAAAAGAUAACAAUAGAAUAUCACCUCUCUUCACUAUUUCAAUCAAACCAGAGAAACAAGCGGAUCACUUAGAAGUCCUGAUAGAUUCAGGCGCCACCUCAUCCUUCCUACACCCACGAACCGCCGAGGCAUUACGCCUACCACUAAUAGAUCUCCCCUCACCCCGCACCGUUACUAUGCUCGAUGGGUCGAGCCCCCAGGCUGGCAAGAUCUGGAAGAAGGCUAACCUAACCUUCUCCUUUGAUGGCAAAUGUAUGACGGAGACCUUCCUUAUUUGCAAUACAGGGUCCCAUGCCGCCAUCUUAGGGUUGAAAUGGUUGGACGCCCAUAAUCCGGAGAUUGAUUGGAAUUUGCGUACUCUCUCCUUCCCUCACACGCCACCGGAACAGGUUGCCAUUGCCGAAGAGGAGGAAGCUGAUAAGGAUCCCCUCAAAGGAGUACCCUCUGAAUACCACCAAUAUGCCAAGGUAUUUGGAGAGGAAGAAUUUAACAAGCUUCCCCCACACAGGCAUUACGAUAUUGGCAUUGAGCUUACGGAGGAGGGCCCCCUUAACUCGCCCCUUUAUAGCAUGACUGAUGCCGAAUCCGCCACACUAAAGGACUGGCUCAGGGACGAGCUCAAGGCUGGGAAGAUCCGUCCCAGCAAGUCAUCCAUCAGCUCCCCCGUCAUGUUCGUCCCCAAAAAGGAUGGAUCCCGUCGCUUGGUUGUAGACUAUUGUCGCCUAAAUAACCGGACCAAAAAGAACGUGUACCCACUACCCCGUCCCGAUGACUUAAUGGCCCAACUCCGUGGCGCCAAGGUGUUUACUAAAUUAGACCUUCGGUGGGGUUACAACAAUGUCCGUGUCAAAGAAGGUGACGAGUGGAAAACCGCGUUCCGUACCAAAUAUGGCCUUUACGAAUCCCUUGUCAUGACCUUUGGCUUAACUAACGCCCCCGCCUCAUUCCAACACUUCAUGAACGACCUAUUCAAGGACCUAUUGGAUGUAUGCGUCAUCAUCUACCUUGAUGACAUCUUGAUUUACUCUGAAGAUGACGCAUCACACACACAUCACGUUCAUGAAGUCCUACGGCGUUUAAUGGAAAACCAGCUGUUCUGCAAAGCGUCAAAAUGUACCUUCCACGUUACCUCUGUGGAAUACCUUGGGAUUAUUGUCUCUAAUAAGGGUUUUAGCCUGGAUAAGCUCAAAAUCCAGGCGGUACAAGAAUGGCCGGUACCCACCAAAGUCAAGGAAGUCCAAUCGUUCCUGGGGUUUGCCAAUUUCCUCCGUCGUUUCGUUGCCAACUUCAGCCACAUGGCUAGGCCGCUACACAACCUAGUCAAGAAGGAUACCCCUUGGAAAUGGGACACAAAAGAACAGGAAGCAUUCCAAGAGCUGAAGGACGCCAUAACCAACGCACCUGUACUCCGUCACGCCGACCCAACCAAGCCUUAUUUCUUAGAAACGGAUGCUUCUGGUGCAGCCCUAGGCUCCAUUCUCAGUCAACGACAGGAAGACGGCCGCCUCCACCCACUUGGUUUCCUAUCCGAAUCAUUCAAGGGAGCCGAGCAGAACUACGACACACAUGAUAAGGAGCUCCUAGCAAUUAUUCGCUCCUUUGAGUAUUGGCGCAUAUUCCUGGAAGGCACCGCACAUCCCAUCACGGUAUUUACAGACCAUUGCAACCUGGAAUAUUGGAAAGAAUCUAGAACAUUCAACCAACGUCACGCCAGGUGGCACCUGUUACUAGCCGGGUAUAACUUCCAAAUUGUAUACCGCCCCGGGAAACAAUCAGGAAAGCCAGACGCACUCUCACGCCGAUCAGACCAUGCCGAUAUACCUCCUGCCAAUCAGACCAUGCUCCCCGACCCUGUCUUUGCCAACGUAGCCCUAGUCACACCUGAGAAGGAACUCCAGCGUCAAAUUGAGGCCAGUCUAGACCAAGACGAGUCCCUGGAAGAAAUAUUACAAUUCCUCCAGAACGAGUCCAAGGCACCUCCGUCCAUCAAACAAGCAUUCAAGGAUUAUGAAAUGGAAGCCGGGUUAUUGUUCUAUCAAGGUUGCAUUGUGGUCCCAGAUGUGGGCACCCUGAGAACGGAUCUGCUGCGGAUAUUCCAUGAUAGCCCCUUAGCCGGACACCCUGGUAGACAGCAAACCUUGGAACUGGUGUCACGUAACUACUACUGGCCAGGAAUACGCGCAGAUACGUAUUGGCACGUGGAUUCCUGCAAGACAUGCCAACGAAUCAGGAAGCCCAAAUACGCGUCAAUUCCCCCACAGCCGCUUGAGCUCCCAUCCAGACCAUGGCAACACGUCUCCUAUGACAUGAUCGUAGACCUACCAAAGGAUGGAAACCACGACUCCAUCUUGGUCAUAGUAGACAGCUUCACCAAGUAUGGGAUCUUUGUCAAAUGUUCUAAGAAGCUGAAGGCACCUGAGCUAGCAGAGCUCUUCCUAGAACACGUGUGGAAACACCACGGCAUGCCCGAAAAAACGAUCUCUGAUAGGGGAAGGGUGUUCAAUAACAAGUUCCUGAGGGCACUGUACAAGCGCCUAGGGAUAGAUCCCCAUUUUUCAUUGGCAUAUCAUCCACAGAGCGACGGUCAAACUGAGCGGGUCAAUCCUUCAAUCGAACACUUCCUCAGGGCUUACUCAGGGAUCAACCAACGGGACUGGACUAAGUGGCUCCCAAUGGCGGAGUUUGCGUAUAACAACGCCGUCCAUAGCAGCACAGGCAAAACCCCCUUCAAAGCCCUGUAUGGAUGGGAGCCUACCUUAACCCCGUCCAACGUACCAACGGACGUCCCAGAAGCAGACAGUCUAGCCCAAACAAUGGAGGACCAAUGGAAAGAGGUAGAAUCCGCCCUCCGGCAAUCUAAGCAACGAAUGGUAGCCGGGGAAGAUGGUAACCCAACGGAGUUUGAGGUCGGAGAAGAAGCAUGGCUCGAUGCUAAGAACGUUAAUCUCAAAACCCUAAGCCCCAAGCUCACCGAACAACGCUUAGGACCGUUCAAAGUCAUUGAGAAGAUCUCCGACCGCGCGUACCGCCUUGAACUCCCUCCUACCAUGAGGAUCCACAACGUCUUUUAUGUAGGACUCCUGUCUAAAGUCAAAAGGGACAAAAAACGGGCAUUUGAGAACCGCCCGCCGCCAGUCACCAUAGACGGAGAAGAGGAAUACGAGGUUGAGGGAAUCACCGAUGCCGAAGAAAGGGAUGGAAAAUGGUUCUUCCGAGUCAAAUGGAAGGGAUACGGGUCCGAGGAGAACACAUGGGAACCUCGGGAAAACUUGAAAAAUGCGGAAAAAAUUUUAGAAAAAUACGAAAAAGAUAUGAAAAAGAAGGCCCUCGGCGCUGCCAAGGCCCUUAGAGGGGGGGCAGUGUCGUAG